AUGGCUGCUGGAGAAUCAUCUUUUAAGAUAAUAUUGGGUUCUUCAUCAAUGGCUCGGCAACGAAUCCUAGCUGAAAUGGGUUAUGAGUUUACAAUCAUGACUGCAGAUAUAGAUGAGAAAAGUAUUAGAAAAGAAAAGCCAGAAGAAUUGGUGAUGGCUCUUGCUGAGGCAAAGGCAACUGCCAUCAUGUCAAGGCUCCAGAACACUGGUAGUAUGCUAGAGAAAGAUGCUCACACGACCUUGUUAAUUACUGCAGAUACGGUGGUCGUCUAUAAAGGGAUGAUCAGAGAAAAACCAUGCAGCGAGGAAGAAGCGAGGGAAUUUAUCAAAGGAUAUUCUGGGGCCAAUGCAGCAGUGGUAGGAUCUGUUCUUGUGACUAACCUUAGAACAGGAGCAAGCAAAGGUGGAUGGGAAGGUGCAGAGGUAUACUUUCAUGACAUACCAGAGGAGGCCAUUGAUAGCCUGGUAAAAUUUGUAUACAUAUGUAAUCACUUGGAUUUUUUUUCUCUUGAUUCCAGCCUUUCCUGAUGGCGAGCUGUUCUCAGAUUGAUGAAGGAAUC